UGGGGCCAUGUAUCGUGAGAUUUUGAGUGAAAACCUCCUUCCAUCAGCAAGGGCAUUGAAGAUGAAACGUGGCUGGGUCUUUCAGCAUGACAAUGAUCCCAAACACACCGCCCGGGCAACGAAGGAGUGGCUUCGUAAGAAGCAUUUCAAGAUCCUGGAGUGGCCUAGCCAGUCUCCAGAUCUCAACCUCAUAGAAAAUCUUUGGAGGGAGUUGAAAGUCCGUGUUGCCCCAAAACAUCACUGCUCUAGAGGAGAUCUGCAUGGAGGAAUGGGCCAAAAUACCGGCAACAGUGUGUGAAAACCUUGUGAAGACUUACAGAAAACGUUUGACCUCUGUCAUUGCCAACAAAGGGUAUAUAACAAAGUAUUGAGAUAACAAAAGUUUAUUGACCAAAUACUUAUUUUCCACCAUCAUUUGCAAAUAAAUUCAUUAAAAAUGUGAUUUCCUGGAUUUUUUUUCUUCAUUUUGUCUGUCAUAGUUGAAGUGUACCUAUGAUGACAAUUACAGGACUCUCUCAUCUUUUUAAGUGGGAGAACUUGUACAAUUGGUGGCUGACUAAAUACUUUUUUGCCCCACUGUACAUAUACAUAUGAGAUGGGUAAUGUGGGGUAUGUAAACAUUAUAUUAAGUGGCCUUGUUUAAAGUGGCUAGUGAUACUUUUUUUUUUACAUCAAUUUCCAUUAUUAAAGUGUCUGGAGUUGAGUCAGUAUGUUGGCAUCAGCCACUCAAUGUUAGUGGUGGCUGUUUAAUUAACAGUCACAUGGCCUUGAGAUAGAAGCUUUUUUUCAGUCUCUCGGUCCCAGCUUUGAUGCACCUGUACUGACCUCGCCUUCAGGGGAGGUGACCAAGAACCCAAUGGUCAUUCUGACAGGGCUCCAGAGUUCGUCUGUGGAGAUGGGAGAACCUUCCAGAAGGACAACCAUUUCUGCAGCAUUCCACCAGACGGAAGCCACUCCUCAGUAAAAUGCACAUGACAGCCUGCUUGGAGUUUUCCAAAAGGCUCUCGACAUUUUGAAAUGUUGCGUAGCCUAAUUCUAGAUGUUUUUUCUCUUUCUACCCUCUCCAGCUAGGCUACUCUGACCCCCUGGGGAAGAUACAGGGGCAGGGCAAACACUUUCAUCCAGGAAUCAGGAUGUAACUGUUUGACCAAAUUAAGGUUUUAGCUGCCCCCAAAAUAGAAAGUAUUGAGUGAAGUGAACAGACAGAAUUUGUAGCUGUCACAGAUGCAACCACAUCCAAGCAUGGGAGAAGUAUGCCUACUUUCUACCUCUCCACUUUAUCUACCAGCUCACGUUUGUUUCCUAUGUUUUAGGCCUAGUGCUUGGGCUAUAUGACGCAUUAUAUUCCUUGCUAUAUUUGACAACAUUGUUUGAAAGGUGUUGAAGUUGGGUAUAACAUGCCAGCGGGUGAUAAGAUAGUAUGCUGAAUAUUUUACGCAUUGGCCCGCCCUAGACUAUAAACCAGCAGCGCAGUUAAUACCUAGACCUAUGUGGAUUGCUGCAUGUUGUAAAAUGAAUGAGUAUUGUGAUGCAUAAUUGCAAUAGUACUUUGGAAUGUCCAGUCAAUGAGCAUUAUGAUUAAGGCCAACUAGUCAUUCUACAGAUCGGUGCUUGAUGACAGCAUCAUCUCUCGUAGUAACGGUGCCAUUUCAAAAACCGGGGAAAUAAUCAAACAACCAUCUGCUAAUAAAACAAGAAAGACUUUAAAGUUAGUUGGAAGCGCUCGUUUUUAUUUCGAAGACUUGCAGCCGAAAGGACAAUAACCAGGUAUGUCAGGAAUCUAAGGUCUCCGGAGCCUUUGCCAACUUUCUUAACGUCCCCCCCUUCUCCCCCUUGCCAACUCUCCUCUUGCGCCUAACGGUUUAAGAAUAUUGGUAUAUCCAGAAACCAAAAAGCUGAACAGAUAUACACAUUUUUUAUUUGGAGGAAGGGGGAAUUGCAUUGAAUCAAGUUCUUACGGAAGGUGUGAAGUCUAUAGACGACUGCCCUGUUCAGCCAAUGAUUCCUCUCUACCUGCUGGUGGGUGGGGUUAUUGGCAGUGUAAAGGUCACGCUGCUCCUGUACGACACCACCCGCAUGAGGUCGCUCAUCUCCAAGUCGGUCGUCAUCGGCGACGACGAUGCCGACGAGUAUCCAUGGAGACAGAACGCAAACAAGUACUACGUGCACGUCAUCCUCAGCCUGUUCUUGUUCGUCUGGUUCCUCCUGGGGAACUACUGGGUGUUCUCUGUGUUCCAGCCUAACUUCAUCACACCCUUCCACCAGCCACAGGACUACUGCAGGAAGUCUCUGUACCUAUUUGCUGUGUUUGUGUUGACGCUCAGCCACACCGUGCUGCUCCUGCUACUCUGCUGUGGGGUCUGUGUACACGUCUGCUCUCAGACCAGCACCAGGGACGACUACGGGGAUAGUGAUGAAGACUGAGUGACUGACUGGCUGGCUGGAUGACUGACUCAGAGAAGCAUACAGAUGUAGGAUUUUAAUUUGAUCAUCCUGUUUUCGCAGGAAUGUUCUUGCGCAGCAGGAAAUACAAGCUUGUAGUGUAUCUGAGUUUUAAAAGGGCUUCUGAAGUUUGUAAUUUCCACCUUGAAAUUUCAGACUUGAUUUUCCCUCACAAAAAUUAUACUGUAAUGUCCAGUAAUUAUAAUCCACAUAAUCAUUUACAUUUCCUGUUUCCUGCUGUAGCAAACUGUCUCAAAUAAAGAUCCUACAUCUGUACAGAAAGAUUGUGGAGCACUGGGGCAUUGCAGUUAGAUGGUUCUGUAGUUAGUAGAACAGUGGGGCAUUGCAGUUAGAUGGUUCUGUAGUUAGUAGAACAGUGGAGCAUUGCAGUUAGAUGGUUCUGUAGUUAGUAGAACAGUGGAGCAUUGCAGUUAGAUGGUUCUGUAGUUAGUAGAACAGUGGGGCAUUGCAGUUAGAUGGUUCUGUAGUUAGUAGAACACUGGGGUAUUGCAGUUAGAUGGUUCUGUAGUUAGUAGAACAGUGAAGCUUUGCAGUUUGAUGGUUCUGUAGUUAGUAGAACAGUGGGGCAUUGCAGUUUGAUGGUUCUGUAGUUAGUAGAACAGUGGAGCAUUGCAGUUAGAUGGUUCUGUAGUUAGUAGAACAGUGGAGCAUUGCAGUUUGAUGGUUCUAUAGUUAGAAGAACAGAGCGAAAGGUGAGGUUGGGUGUGUAACGUUGGGGAGAUAUGAGCGCAGGGAAAGACUCAUCUUAGCAUAACUAACAGAAGUUCUAGGCCUCUAUAUGUGACCUAGACAGUUGCACGAGGAAAGAAGAGUCAUUCUGGUGGCAGCUCCCAAACAAAUCUGUGAAAUCUACAUGUAUCAUAUGUAACCACACAGGUGGGCCUAGGAGCCUGUUGUUAACUUGACUGCAUCAUGUGUGGGUGUUUUUGUGCAAUGUAAUUGUCUUUUUAGAUAUUAAAUUACACAAAUGAAACAUGUGCUACAAUUCUA